AUGGCACAACCUCAGAUUCCUGAGGGCGUCUUCUCGUUCCUCGAUACUGACCUGUACAAGCUGACGAUGCAGUGUGCAGUGCUGAAAUAUUUCCCUUCAGUCGAUGUCGAGUACAAAUUCACAAAUCGAACACCGCAGAUGCGAUUGAACAAAGAAGCCUUCGCCUGGCUGCAAGAGCAGACUGCCAAACUGGCCAACAUCACACUGGCGCAGCACGAAUUGGAAUAUUUGAGGAGGCACUGUCCAUACUUGAGCUCGGACUACCUGAACUACCUGCAAUCCUUCCGUCUGCGGCCCGCCGAGCAGGUCAACAUGAAGUUCACCCCGGUCGAUGAGACCUUCGGCGAUCUGGAUAUCACAGUGGCCGGUCUUUGGGUGGAAACUAUAUCAUACGAGAUCCCUCUCUUAGCCCUCACGAGCGAGGCAUAUUUCAAGUUUGUGGACACGGAUUGGGAUUACGAGGGGCAAGAAGAGAAUGCUUACCAGAAAGCGAGACGAUUGCUGAAAGCAGGGUGUACAUUUUCAGAAUUCGGCUCGCGUAGGAGACGGUCAUUCCAUACGCACGAUAUAGUGGUCAAAGGCUUGGUGAGAGCAGCAAAGGAAGACGGCAUAUCCGGCGACCUGUCAGGGACGAGUAAUGUCUACUUUGCCAUGAAGCACAGCAUCCCUCCCGUGGGAACGGUAGCCCAUGAGUGGUACAUGGGGAUUGCUGCACUGACGAAUGACUACGAGCAUGCCAACGAGCUGGGGCUUCGCUACUGGUUGGAUUGCUUCGGCAGAGGAGUCUUGAGUAUUGCUCUGACCGAUACUUUCGGAACCCCGGAUUUCUUCAAGGCAUUCAAAAAGACCGUGGCAGCAAGGACAUCAGCUUCACAAGACGGGGCAACGGAUGAGUCUGCAGAGGCCAACCAGUUGUCUCACCCAACAUCGUAUGCUGAGGUUUAUGCCGGCAUCAGACAAGAUUCCGGGGAUCCGAAGGAAUACCUCAAGCUUGCCAGCGACUUCUACAAGUCUAUAGGCGUGGGAGGAAAGAGCAUCGUGUUUUCGGAUGCACUCGACGUCGACAAAUGUAUUGAGUACAAGAAAUUGGCGGAGUCGUACGGGUUCAAACCUUCCUUUGGGGUGGGCACUCAUUUCACGAACGACUUCAAGCGGCGAUCCGACAGGCAAAGCAAAUCGCAGCCCCUCAACAUCGUCAUCAAAUUGUCAAAAGCAGGCGGAAGACCAGCAAUCAAGAUCUCGGACAACAUUGGCAAGAACACCGGUGAUUCGGAGACUGUACGGGAGGUCAAGCGACGCCUCGGAUACACAGAAAAGGAAUGGGUCGAAGGCGAUGAAGCGCGGAGAUGGUGA